GAGUGAAAGGCAACUUGCACUCUCCCUAUUUAAUAGUACUACCAAAGAAAGAUAAAAAUGCAUAUAUGGCAAUCGUCCAGAGUUUUCUCAGAGUCAGAAAUCACUAAAUAGCCUUGAUCUCUCUGGACCCCUAAAGCCAAGUCGCCCAUAAUUUGUUUGUCCCUAUACUCAUACCCCCCCUUCACAACAUUAAUUAAAAGCCCACAACACACAAACAAACAAAGCACAAGAGAGAAAAAAAAAAAGAAGAAAAAGAUGAAGAUCCAGUGUGCUGUGUGUGACAAAGUGGAAGCCUCCGUCUUCUGCUCUGCAGAUGAAGCUGCUCUUUGCCAUAGUUGUGACCGCACCAUUCACCACGCCAACAAGCUUGCAACCAAACACCCACGCUUCUCUCUCCAUUACCCCACCUCCCAAGACUUCCCUCUUUGUGAUAUUUGCCAAGAGAGGCGUGCAUAUCUAUUUUGCCAAGAAGACAGGGCAUUGCUAUGCAGGGAGUGUGACGUUCCUAUCCACAGGGCGAAUGAGCAUACCCAGAAGCAUAACAGGUUUCUUCUCACCGGAGUGAAGCUCUCUGGUACUUCUUUGGAUCCUGCUGCGUCCUCCACCAAUUGCACCCAUGGCUCUGAAGGAAGAAACAACGCUCGAUCUAGAAUGAACAGACCCAGAUCAUCAGUUUCCAAUGAAGAAAAUGCAAGUAAUUCUUCUUGCAAGGUUGAAGACAACGUGGCUAGUGACACUGGUUCGGUUUCAACUAGCAGCAUUUCUGAGUACUUGAUCGAAACAAUACCCGGUUACUGUUUUGAAGACCUUCUUGAUGCUUCAUUUGCACCUAAUGGUUUCUGUAAGAACCAGAACUAUGAUCGUCAUAGGCGUUUCAGGACCAAGAUCUUCAAGUUAUUAGGACGUGUUUGGUUUGAGUUAAGGAGAUUCCAAAAUCUUAACGCUAUCGAUGAUCAACUGUUUGUAAAAAUCUGUUGGAAAAUAUCUUCUUUUGUUUUUGUUAUUUGCAUUUCUUUUUGGGCUCCCUGCUGCAUUCUUUAUGAUUUUUUUUUCAUUCUCUAUUCCCGACCACUGUUUCGGCCUCUUAUUUUAGUAUUUUUUUCAAUUUUCAUUGGGUUAAUUAAUAAUAUUUUUUGGGGGGGGGUCCAUGCUUUUAUUGACAUGAACAUGAAUUCAUUGAAUAACGCAACUGAAUAUUAUGUGCCACUUUCUUAAACUAGAAGUCGGCUGGCUAAACCUUUUAGCAUUUUUUUGA